AUGGGCUCUGUUGCACGUGUGAUUCUUGUGCCAUCUAUACGCGAUGCACAUCAUGACUAUGCAUUUCCUCAGUUACUUCAAGUAAGCCCAGAUGAAAUCUUGAUAGAAUCAACUGAGGAGCCACUUCUUAAUUCACUUCCUAAGUUAAUUAGUUUGCUUUCAUCAAGUUUCAAGGGAGCAAUUUCUGCUGAUGUAGAAAUAACAACAGCUGAUAUUGUGAGCAAGAGUGUAGCAGUAGAGUUUGAGGUUGGUGGAAGCGGUAUAAGAAUCGGGGGAAUGGCAAAAGGUUCCGGAAUGAUCCACCCAAACAUGGGAACACUUCUUGGUGUAGAUGGGGAUACUAGCACCAAUGAUACCAUUAUUGCUUUGGCUAGUGGUUUAUCUGGAUCAAACAGGAUAUCAUCAUUACACAGUUAUGAAGGAAACCAACUACAAAUGUGCCUUGAUGCGGUAAUGCAAGGGCUUGCCAAAUCAAUAGCAUGGGAUGGAGAAGGGGCAACAUGUUUGAUAGAGAUGACAGUAAGUGGUGCAGGGAGUGAAAGUGAAGCAGCAAAGAUUGCACGUUCAGUGGCAUCUUCUUCACUUACCAAGGCAUGA